AUGGAGGCAUCUGCUUUGAAGGCUUGGGAGUUGGACAACAAUGUCCAGCUAGUCGAUCCCAAACGCGACGCUCUCUACAACUUCGACGCCGAGGCUCAGAAGGCCAUAAACAGCGAGAAGGCAUGGAAACAAACACCAGAAUACUUCAAGCAUGUACGAAUAAGCGCUACUGCUCUCAUAAAAAUGACUAUGCACGCGCGAUCCGGCGGCAACCUCGAGGUCAUGGGUUUGAUGCAAGGCUACACCCACCAGGAUACAUUUAUCGUCACCGACGCAUUCCGACUGCCCGUUGAAGGAACAGAGACUCGUGUCAACGCCCAAGGCGAAGCGAACGAAUACCUUGUCGAGUAUCUCGAUCUAUGUCGAGCGCAGGGCCGACAGGAGAACGUGGUGGGCUGGUAUCACAGUCACCCAGGCUACGGAUGCUGGCUGAGCGGUAUCGAUGUUGAUACUGAGGCCAUGCAGCAGAAGUGGCAGGAUCCAUUCCUUGCCGUCGUUAUCGACCCCGAUCGUACUAUCAACUCAGGCAAGGUCGACAUCGGCGCUUUCAGAACCUACCCGGAGGACCACCAGCCCGGUAAUGGCACAGCCAGCUCUGAUGGCUUCCAAGCAGUGCCGCUUGCCAAGGCCGCAGAGUUUGGCGCCCAUGCCAGCCGCUACUACAGUCUCGAAGUGUCUCAUUUCAAGAGCUCUCUCGACUCGCAUCUCCUCGAGCUCCUCUGGCACAAGUACUGGGUACAGACUCUUAGCCAGAACCCACUGAUCACGAACCGCGACUAUGGCAACAAACAGAUGCUCGAUCUGAGCUCCAAGAUCAAGGAAGCGACAACAGGCAUCGCGAGAAGCCGAAAUGGACAAGGCAUGAUGGGUACGGGCCAAAAGAGCUCCGACAAGGCAGUGGACAAGCUGGCAAAGGAAGCCAGCCUCAUUGCAUCUAAGGAGAGGUCUGGCCUGGUUGCUAAUCAGGUCAAGGCUAGCGUUUUCAAUGACCUCGGAUCAAAGGCUGAAGAACCAACACCGUGA